AUGCUGGAAGUUCUGGAGUUGCAGAAAAAGAAGCGCCACGAGGGGAAGGAGUCAUUGACAGCGACCGUUUGGCCCAGACCAGCGCAAGCCCCCGGGAAUUCCAGAACCAGCACCGCGUCUGUGAACGGCAGCCUGCUGGGGACCCGAGAAACAGUAAGUCUCCAUCGGCCCAGGUGGCAAGCCUCGCGCUCCAGCUGCGGUCAGGAACCAGCAGGUGGUGGUGGUGGCUGGGACCCGCCCACCUUGACUCCCAGCAGCCUCAGCGGCGAGCGGGCCUGCCUCAUCUCCCAGCAGCCUCAGCGCCCCGGGUUGCCUCCCUGCUCCCUCACUGCGUGCGCCUCAGAGGGUGACGCGGCGCCUGGGACUUGCCCGCAGACCCCAGCCGUCACAGCAGCCCCGCCGCCAGGGGCAACCGCGUCCCCCGACGCCGCUGGACGCCCCUGCGGGGAGACUGGCCCGGAAGGAGGGGCCUCCGGGUGGCCGCAACCCUGCACCGCGGCGCUGCCCCUGAGGGCGGAGGGCUGCCGCCUCCCAGGGCGCGCCGCCGCCUUCCAGACCGCGUCGGAGACAGGAGGCUGCCGCCGCGCCGCGUGCAAGACACGCGCAGAGCCGGGCGCUUCUGGGCGGCCCUGGCCCGCCGGCGGGCCGCCGCCUGGGCGCGAGGGCCAUGAGCAGCGGCGCCUGAGGGGAGGCUGCCGGGUGCGCCCCGCGCCGAGACCGAGUCCUGCCCGUUUCAGAUCCCGCCUGCAGCGCCCUCGGGGGCCGAAGGCUCGCGUCCUCGCGGGGACGGGCUGCGCCCUGUGCUCCGCUGUCCCCGCGUCGCAGACCACGUUCCGGGAAGGCUCGCGGCAGCGCGCAGUGCCUGGGCGCCCGCUGAGCCCUGUGGCGCCCCGGGCAGCCCCGGCACCUACCCCGAAGCCCGUUCCCUUGUGAGCGGCUGCCGGGAACGCGGCCCCGAGCGGAGCGCCCCCACGGACGCGCCUCUGGCCUGCCGUGUCGGGCCGCCGCGGACCUCGUCCGCAGGCUCGCGUGGCUUCUCAUGUGCCCCAUCGGCGUCGUGUCACGUGCCGCCCUCGUUGGACGCAGCUUCGGGAGCUCACGUUCGCGCUGGUGGCCGUCCUGGUUCACCGCGAGCCCGUUCCGGAGCCCGACCCUCGGCGCGACCCUACGUUUUCCAUCUAGGGUCCCGCACGACCGUGGGCUUCUGGCCGUUCUCUUGCUGUUUCCUGGGACACCAUGGGACGCCCGCCGUCCGCGACGGCGCCCAGGAAUUCCUCCGUGUUGGCAGCGCCGUCCUGGGCAGCUUUCUGCACGUGGCUGAGACUGACCACGACAGGACGACGACGGGCAGCACAGCGUGGAAACGGCGGGAUCUUGGUCCUUUGGAGGCCGGGUUGCUCUCCCUUGGGUCAGUCGCGCUGCGGAAGACAGUUGUCCUGCGUCGUGAACCCAACGCAGCAGCCUCACGAAGACGCCUCGGCGGUCAACAGCGGCGGCCUCUUGACCUCCGCCGUCACCGAAUGGCCAGCGCUGUCCACCGCGCUUGGAUCUUCCUGCCCUACCGCCUUCCCCGAUCACGCCGUCAGAUAACCACAGCCCCGCGGCACAUGUCCACGGCGACCUCACGGGGAUCCCUGAGCCGCAGCUACCCACGCAGGCCGUUCCCAGAUCGCUGGCGCCCAGAAAGUGCGGCGCAUAAUGGUCCUGCUCGCUUUACCCCGAGUUAGCAUGGCACGGGUGACACCGAAGCAGAAACGACUACGUGAUAGUUGGGGACCCAGCCAUGGCCACCACCGGUUCCGGCAGAGCCUCCCGCCCCUGGGCUGGGCUGUGCCGAUGUUCGCGCUGCGAGAAAGUGCUCGUCCGGUAGUUCCCAGCUGACACCUGAAUCUUCUCCCAGCCUGGCCGUGUCCCUUGGCUUGUGCUC